CAUCGCUAAUACUAUAGAUUCUCGAAACCAAUUGAAUUUAUUCGUGUUUAUUAAACAUUUAUGGAAAUAGUUUAACAAACACUACGAGUUGGAAGAGAAGAAACCGAGCGAAGUACCUGCUGCUGCCGCCGAUGCAAGAGUACAAGAACGAACGCAGACGCAGACAGAGGAGUUCGGGGAAAAUUGCGGAAAAAAGUGCGACAAAGGGAGGGGUGUAAACAAUAACAAUUGCGUUGCGUCAAAGAAAGUGGAGGGGGAUUUUGGAGCCAGGAUGGAGCGCACCAGCGAGCCGGAAAACAAGCCGCCCAUCCUGCACAUCCUGGUGGUGGGCUUUCACCACAAGCUGGGUUGCCAGGUGGAGUUUUCGCAUCCACCGCUUGUUUCCGGCUCCACGGGCCGCCACGAGUGCCCCUCCGGCUGGAAGUACCUGCCCACGCUGGCUCUGCCAGACGGUUCGCACAACUUUGUCGAGGACACGGUCUUCUUCAAUCUGCCCAGCCUCUUCGAGCCUGCCGAAAGCAUUUACGGCGUGUCCUGCUACCGCCAGAUACCCGUGGAACGGCUCAAGAUCCGCACGGCCGACGUCACGCGCAGCACGGUGCAGAAGUCCGUCUGCAUAUUGGCCCGCCUGCCCAUCUACGGCUACAUAGAGGUGAAGCUGUCGCUGAUCGCCGACGCCUUCUUCGACCAGGGAGACUUCUCUUGCACGGAGCUGCUGGUGAAGGCCUAUCAGCAGCUGAACGCCUGCCUGCUGGACGAUGAGUCGCGUCGCCCGCUGCGCCACUUCCAUGUCGGCCUGUCGCUGCGGGAGAUAGUGCUUCACUGGCGCCACAAGACCCUCAUGCUGUUCAAACUCCUCCUGCUGCAGCGCCGUGUGGUGUGCUUCGGUUCGCCCGUGCGCGGCAUGUGCGUGCUAAUCCUGGGCAUGGCCUCGCUGGUGCCGCGUCUGCUUGAGAAGGGCUUCCAGGAGGUGGCCUGCGUCCGCACCUCCCGUCCCCUGUCGCCUAUGCCCGACUUCACAGACUCCCUGCAGCGGGAAGCUCAGGCGGAGGCCAAACUGGGAGCCGCCAUUUCAUCGCCGUCGGCAGGCGCACCGUCUGCCCUGCUGGAGGAGCAGAAAUUAACGCCGGACAGCGCCACGGCCCUUGAGGGCGAGGCGGAGGAACUGGCGCUCGUCUCGUCCGCCGCGUCUGUGGGCGAGGAGCAGGGCAGUGGCGAUGACACCUCGUCGCACUCCACGCCCAACUCACAGUCGCAGGACUCGUCUAACUUUCCCGGCUCCUCGAACGAGCGGAGUAUAUCGCUGACACGGGAGGCCAGCGUGGAUACACUGGCGUCUAACCUCGCCGCCUUGUGCCUGGUCAACCCGGAUGAGUACCGCGCCCCGGUUAGCAUCUUCGCCAGCGGCAAUCUCUGCCUGCCGUAUCUGUCGCUGCCGUACAUGGAUCUGCUCAGCGAUCCAAUGGUGCUCUCCUACAUCAUCGGCACCUCUAACGUCCUCUUCCAGCAGAAGCGUCAGCUGGCUGACGUCCUGGUGGGCAUUGAGGCGGCCAGCCUGGAUGCCCACGACCCGGAGCUUCGACGUCAGCUGGUGCUAAGCACCGAGGACCUUCGCUACAUGGACUACAUAAUGAAGCACGUGCAGGCGCCCAAGGAGGAUGCGGAGGGCAGCGAGUACUGGAUCCGGGAGCAGUUUCAGGGAUACAUACUGGCCCUGCUUCGCACUGCAGUGGCGCCAGAUGUUACGCCAAAGGACAACGAUCACUUCAACAGCCACUUCAUGGCUGCCUUCAAGCGGACCCAAUGCUUUCAGGAGUGGUAUGAUGUGCGGCCCGACCCGGACUUCUUCGACGCCCUGCCCGCAGGUCAUCCCUUUGCAGGAACCUUGUCUGUCGCGGACAUGAAGCUGAAACUAGCACAAACGAUGCAGAACAGCGAGAGCGGGCGGAAGAUCAACCAGGCGGUGAACAACACAAGUCGGGCGGUCGGCGGUGCCAUCUCGCAGGCCAAGGGCGCCAUCUCCAGCUGGUGGUCAUCGAUAACAACGCAACCGACGAAUGCUAAUGCCGCCACGCCCACAGCAAACAAUUCAAAUGACCCGGAGGGAGGUGGCGGCGAGGCCAACGAGGGAGCAGCAGCAGCCCAUGAAAUCUCGGUGACAUUCCAAAACCACAAGAACGGUGACGACUUGGAUGUGGCCGGGGUCAGCAUACACCUGUCGGGUCAGGACGACGCUCCCGAAUCGCACGAAUCGCGUGAUCUCGCCUGGAGGCAGCAGCCGCAGGGCAUCGUGGAGAUCGGCCACGAGGCGGAGCUGCUGGACAAGAAUCAACCGCAGGCGGAAUCCAAGAUCUCGGCCACUUCGCAGCAGCAGGCCGGUGGUCGCCCAGGCUGUAGCGGCGACAUGGCCACCUCAGCAGUGGAGCACAGCAGUGGCGAUGUCUUCAUUGUCUGAGAACGCGACGCCGUCGAUGGCAGCAGCAUUGUAUAAAAUCGAUCUAUAAGCUACUUCAUAAUUAUUUAUUACGCAUCUGAAUGUAUCGGUCUCAGGCGCAGUGUUGAAUUUCUCCACCACUGUCCCUCUCUUCUUCCCUCUUGCUCUUUUUUAACCCAAAACAAUUGGCCAAAAGUUAAUGUUAUUUACAAUUAAUAUAUGUAUUUAUGUAUGUGUAUGCAUCCUUGCCGCCCCCCCCCCCCACCACAUCUAUGUGAAACUAAACCGUUCCAAGUGCAAUUUGUUAUCCAAAAAUGUAGGCAAUGGCAAGGCUUAAUCCUUGUGGCAAUGAGCAAACCUGCAAAGUCAUAUGGAAGUUGUCGUCGCCCUUGCCUCUCGCCAGCCAAGUCCACGAAAGAUUUUCAAUGCCGCUCUUUUUACCUUAUGUAUGUAUGUACCCAAACCUAAUACAGUUUAAAUUGCAAAUGAAAUAAACAGACAAUUCGUUUUCUUUGGAAAUAUGUAUUUGCCAGGUCACGUGA